CCCUCAGCCAUGAUGUUCAGAAAGCCGCUUACACUAAAAGCCUCCUCCGCCGUGCGCAACUCGGACAAGCGCAAGCUCAGGCAACGUAUAGCCUCGACCUUCGCGUGCUCGACAGAGGACGUGGACUUACUCGUUCCUGACAACAUUCAGUCUACCAACUUUCGCAGCCAUAACAAUGCUCCUGGCGUCUUAUAUCUCGAUGCCGACGGGACUCCUCUGUGGUAUAGCCUAGGCAAGUCCGAUGAGCUGAUCCCUACCGUCUACACGCUUUGGAAGCGACCGAACCUACUGCCAUUCGUGUCGACGUUGCACCGUGCUAUGAUGACAGUCAUCGAGGGCGAUUCGGUUUUGAAGAGAAUAUCUCUGAGGGAGCAUGCGCCGGGAUUGCAGAAAGACCAGCUCGUCGCUCUGCGAGAGUCGACGAUUGGCUCUUCUGCCCCUCCACCUUCCCCGUACGCUAUCGGGCGCGUGUUGCAAUCCUUGGACGGGCCCGCGGCAGCUUCCCAGAAGAAAGAUACUAUUGCGAUAUUGCAUACCUGGAAAGACUGCCUGUGGGAGAUGGGUCCGAAGACUGCGCUGCCGGAAGGCGUGUCGGUGGGCUCUACGGAAGGACAAGUUGGUACGGACGGCGCUGCCGAAGCGAGUACUACCUUACCUCCCGUCCCAUCCGAUCAGCCUGAAGGUGAAGGGUUAUCGGCCCUCGUCACGGGCGAUGAUCCCGAUCAACCAGCAUACACGCCGUCCGAGGUUUCUCAACUGCUCCAUCUGUCCCUUCUACAGUCUCUGGCCACUCUCCCACCAUCCAAAUUCCCCCUUCCCGCUGGCGAAUUCUACUCCAAUCAUGUACAGCCAUCCCGGCCCGCGUUUCCUGAAUCCGUACUUUCGCCAUCAACGGACACCUAUGCAGACAGUGCAGCGCUCCGCAAGCAGAUAACCCUGAAGAAUUCCAUGCAUAAGUCAUUGGCCGAGUUCCUCGCGACCGCAGCGAAGACUGGCCUACUGACCUUGCGAAAACAAGGACCGAAGCAGAAGAGCGACCUGACGGUAAUGUCCGUCAACGCGAACCACCCUGAUGUCGGGAAUCACGACCGAUUCCUCACCGUGAGGGAAUAUGAAGCAUCUCGUGCCGCGGAGAAGGACGAAGAAAAUGUCAUCGUCAGAUUCACAGAAGUGUGGAUGCCGCACCACCACACUGUGUCGCUCUUUGAAGAGUGGGGCUUGAGCGAAGACGAAAAAUACUCGUAUACCGCUCUAGAGGGCAUACUGAACAAAUGGCUCGGCGCACACCCAGAUGCGGUCGCUUCUUCCGGAGCGUCGCCAAUCGACUUGACACAUCCCAGUCUCGCGCCUCUUGUUGCCGCUAUAUCCCGGCAGAACACGGCGCCUAUACCACAGUCCGCCAGUAUGCAAGACGUGCUCCGUUUGCUGGUACAGCAAAUGGAGCCUUGGUACGAGAUACGGCCGAGGAACGGCGACUGCGUACUUCAGCCCAAGCAUGCCCUCACCCCCAUCAAGGUCGUACAACUUCGGAAGCCUCGAAUGAAGAUUACGACGAUUACGGGCCUGGAAUCGUACAGGACGGUUGUCAAUCCCGAAGAACUCGCCAACGUCCUCAGGAAAGUCUGCGCGAGCUCGGCCUUCGUAUCUCCUCCAAGCGGACCGAAGAAGCCUUUGGAAGUGAUUGUUCGGGGAGCGCUGCAAGCGCCUUCGAUUGAUCUAUACUUGGUCAAAGUCGGGUUUCCGAGGGAACUCAUCCGCGUGGAAGGGCUGACGAAGGCGCAAAAGAGAGAGGCGCACAAGAAAGGUCAAAAGUAGUAGACCUGGGGGAGACAUAUUUCUGCAAUGCGGAUGCUAUCUAGUGAUGGAGAUAUAGUAGGUUGGCCGGGGUGGCAGCGUCGGGAUUCGCGACCGUGUGUGGCAUACAACAUUCCCUUAUAUCCGUACUUCCGAAUGAAAUACGUAUGUGCAUCAUUCCUCU